UAGGCCUCCUCCAUCAGUACAGUGUAUAUUUUGUGUACUUUAUUAUUUAUAAUCAAUGGAAGAGGAAAUGGGUCCAUUGCUUUCUUCUUCCUUCGAGGGAUUCAACAUGGGAAUAUUGAUGAUGGCUUGCUUAGCCUUGUCAUGGAUUUUUAUCCAUAGAUGGAACCAGAGGAACAAGAAAGGACCAAAAACAUGGCCAAUUGUGGGUGCAGCAAUUGAGCAGCUAGUGAACUAUGAAAGAAUGCAUGAUUGGCUUGUUGAAUACCUGUCUAAGUUGAGAACUGUAGUAGUUCCCAUGCCAUUUACAACAUACACUUACAUUGCAGAUCCUGCUAAUGUUGAACAUGUCCUUAAGACCAACUUUGCCAAUUAUCCAAAGGGUGAUACAUACCAUUCAUAUAUGGAAGUGCUGCUUGGAGAAGGGAUAUUUAAUGUAGAUGGUGAAGUAUGGAGGAAACAAAGGAAGACUGCCAGUUUUGAGUUCGCAUCCAAGAAUUUGAGGGACUUCAGCACCAGAGUCUUUAGAGAAUAUAGCUUGAAGCUCUCAUCUAUUCUUAGUCAUGCAUCUUCUAACAACCAAGAAGUAGACAUGCAGGAAUUGCUUAUGAGGAUGACGUUGGACUCCAUAUGCAAAGUUGGGUUUGGAGUAGAAAUAGGAACACUGGCUCCUAAUCUACCAGACAAUUGCUUUGCUCAGGCAUUUGAUACUGCCAACAUCAUUGUUACACUUCGCUUCAUUGAUCCAUUGUGGAAAAUAAAGAAAUUCCUUAACGUCGGAUCAGAAGCUCUACUUGACAAGAGCAUUAAAAUCAUUGAUGAUUUCACCUACUCUGUCAUUUGUAGAAGGAAAGCAGAAAUGGGAGAAGCUCGAAUCAGCAAUAAUAACAAGAAGGUGAAACAUGACAUAUUAUCAAGGUUCAUUGAGUUAGGUGAAGACCCAGAAAGCAAAUUGACAGACAAAAGUCUGAGAGAUGUUGUCCUCAACUUUGUGAUAGCUGGGCGAGACACAACUGCAGCAACUCUCUCAUGGGCCAUAUACAUGAUAAUGACACAUAACCAUGUAGCUGAGAAGCUCUACAAUGAGCUCAAAACUUUUGAGGAAGAUAGGGCAAAGGAAGAGAGUGUUACAUUGCUCCAGUUUGAUUUCGAUGAUCUUGAAUCCUUCACUCAAAGAGCAGUGCAAUAUGCAGGAUUCUUGACUUAUGAUUCAUUGGGCAAAUUAUAUUAUCUGCAUGCGGUGAUCACAGAGACACUUCGCUUGUACCCAGCAGUCCCUCAGGACCCCAAGGGGAUUCUGGAGGAUGAUAUCUUGCCUGAUGGAACCAAAGUCAAAGCAGGAGGGAUGGUGACUUAUGUUCCCUAUUCAAUGGGCAGGAUGGAGUACAACUGGGGAUCUGAUGCCGCUUCAUUCAAGCCUGAGAGAUGGCUCAAAGAUGGUUUCUUCCAGAAUGCAUCUCCAUUCAAGUUCACUGCAUUUCAGGCUGGACCAAGAAUAUGCCUUGGUAAGGACUCUGCAUAUCUCCAGAUGAAGAUGACACUGGCCAUACUCUGUAGAUUUUUCAAAUUUGACUUGGUCCCUAAUCAUCCAGUGCAAUACAGGAUGAUGACAAUUCUAUCAAUGGCACAUGGCUUGAAGCUUAGAGCGUCCAGGCUUUCAUAAGGAUACUAGAGGCCAUGAUUUUCUUGUUAAUCCAUGUUCAUAUCAGGAGCAUGCUGUUUCAAUCCAUAUCGGAAACAAUUAGCUCAAGCAGUGACUAAUAAAUUGUUCCAAGAUUAAAAACAUUCUUGUUACUAAUAUCACUUCUACAACUUUUAUCA